CGUGAAAAUGGCUUCCUCUUACAUGUACGAGUCUUCGACGACCUCUAUGAAAGCACAAAGUUUCUCAGCCGAAACAAUAACAUUCCAAUCAUCAAUCACCAACUCAGGUUUCUCGAGUCAGUCGCGAUCGGAUCUUUGCUCACCAGAUUUAGCGCUACAACAGAGGCAGACAACCACAACAGAAAAUUUGAGUAAGCAGAAUUCCCUUAGAUACAAUUCAAAAUCUUCUGAAAAGGAAGAAUUUUUUGAAAAAUCAACAAAAAUUAGCGGCAAAAUUUAUCGCGCGCGCAUUGCCAAAAAUCCAAAAAAUAAUAUUUCCUUUACCCGAUAUCGAAUUAGCCGUGAAACAGAUCCAAAACGUCAAUUUUCCAUUGACCAGAACGGUGCACUUCGAGUGGCUCAAUUACUUGAUCGCGAAGACAUUCCUUACUAUGCAUUGCGUAUUGAGGCUUUUGAUCAGGCUGGCAAUAUUGGCGCGCAAUAUGUUGAUAUAUACUUGCAAGAUGAUAAUGAUAAUGCACCCAGAUUGGAAACUUUCCCAAAUCCUUGUAUUUUUAUGGAAAAUACACCACCUGAACAGCAAUCUGCAUGUGAAAUUAGAGCAACGGAUGAUGAUCUGGAAGAGAAUGGUCCGCCAUUUAACAUGAGUCUAGCUCCCGAUUUUCAAUUUCGUGAUUAUCUUGAUGUACAAUUUGAUCGAAGCGGUGAUGGAGGAAAAGGGGUUAUGCAUGUUCGCCCACUUAGAGAAUAUGACCGAGAAGAUCCAGAUUUACCUGAAAAACGUUUUACAAUUCCAAUUAUUGUUUCUGAUGCAAAAGGAAAGCAGCGACAACAAAAUGUUUACAUUGUGAUUGGAGAUUUGAAUGAUAAUUCAAUGAGUGAUGGACAUAUGGAUAUAUUUAUUUAUUCAUAUAAAGGACAAUUAAAGAAGACAGUAAUUGGUGUUCCUUUUGUUGAAGAUAAAGAUGAUUGGGAUAUUGGAGACAAAAGUUUUCAGUUGAUAAAAUCUGAGAAUCAAUAUUUCCAUUUACAGGAUAAACAGUUGGUAAUUGAUGCUGAUUUGUUAGAGGGAACAUAUGAAUUGGAGGUGAAAGUAGAAGAUAGAGUACGUUCAGAAAAGGCAACAUCGUUUAUUAAAGUUGUUGUCCGUCCAGUACCGGAAAUUGCUUUUGAAAAACAUGCAACAAUUCGAAUUGAAGUAGAUCCAUCUCAUUUACCAACAAUAACAUCACAAGAAGCAAUGGAGUUGGCUUCUUCAUUAAUUAGAGAAGAACAUGGAGAACCUUCGAGAAUUGAAUUGUUUCGACGUGAAAUGGAAACUUUAAGUCAAUCAAUUGUUGAAAUAAUUUCUUUAAAACCUGAUGAUCAAAUUUUACAACGUCUCUCUACAAAAGUUGUUGAUUUGCGUUUUACAGCACGUUUAAAUGAUGAAUAUUUGGAUCCAAUUUACUUACAUGGAUUAAUUCAAAGAAACAAGGAAAGAUUAUCCUCUGUUCUUCGUGCUAGAAUUCUUGCAAUUGGUGUAGAUAUGUGUAAAUGGACAACUUGUGAUAAUGGAUGUAGAACAGAAAAUAGAGUUGAUAAUGGAGGAGUUGUUAUUCAUGCUAAUAGAACAGUUAUUGUUGGAUUGAAUGCCUCAGCAACAGAUGUUUGUGAUUGUCCAGCAUUUAUACCUAAAAAUGAAUGUGAUAGAAAUGUUUGUUUUAAUGGAGGUGUUUGUCAUGAUACUCGGCCUGGAACUUUUUGUGAAUGUAGAAAUGCAGCACUUACUGGAUUUAGAUGUCAGGGAAAUACCCGAAGUUUUGAUGGACGUGGGUUUGCAUGGUUCAAACCAAUGCCAGCUUGUACUUCAUUAAAUAUUUCUUUAAGAUUUAUGACAAAGCAAGACGGUGUUAUUCUUUAUAAUGGCCCAAUGGGUGAUCCAAAACAAGAUAUACUUAAUUACAAUGAUUAUUUACUUAUUUACAUUGAACAAGGAAUGUUACAUGCUGUUUUACAAUUUAAUGGAAAAGAACCGGUUGAUCUUUUUAUUGAACAAAUGGUAGCUGAUGGACGUUUUCAUCGUUUUACUCUUACUCAACAACAUAAAAAACUUAGAUUAGUGUUGGAUGAUUGUACUUCUAUUGAUAGUUCUUCAUCAUCAAAAUUAAAUCAAAAAGUUUCUAAUAAUAAUUGUAUGAUGGCAAAAGAUGCACCAGAUGAUGAUGAAAGAUUAAAUAUAGCUACACCUUUACAAUUAGGAGGACUUGCUUCACUUGGUGGUGCUUUAGAAGAAUAUCCUAGAGCAGUACGUGCACACGCGUUGGCUAAUUUUGUUGGAUGUACUCGUGAACUUGUAGUUAAUUUUGAUCAUUAUGAUCUUUACCGGCCUGUUUAUGUUGAACAAAGUGUUCCUGGAUGUUCACUUUUUUGGGGUUCUGCCUGUUCAACUUCUGAAGGUGGAAAUGUCGAUUCUUCACAAAAUGUUAAUAUUCCUCUUUCCAAUUCUUUGGAAUCGAGUGGAGGAGGAGUUUCAAUUACUAGUGGUGGAAAUUUUUGUUAUGGACAUGGUGAAUGUAUUGUUGCCAAAUGUGAAUGCGAACCUGGAUGGGAAGGUGAACGUUGUGAACGUCCAAUUGAUUGGGUUGAAUUUACAACGCGUGAUGCUCUUCUUAAAUUUCUUUUACAAGUAGAACCGCCUUAUAAGGAUUCUCGUCUUCGUUUACUUUUUUUACCUGGUUCUUCAGCUAACGGACAAUUAGCUUCUGCACUUAGUCAAUCUGGACCAACAGCAUCAAUGCGUUUAGAUAUGAUUAGUGCUCAUCUUUCAAUUGAUGGUCAAUAUAGUAUUCAAAAAGAAUUGGAUCCCGACCGUGAUGGUCUUCUAUUUGUUCCCAAACAUUUAUAUGCUGGCAAUCAACCAGGAUCUAAUGGAUUUCUUGGAUGUUUAGGAAAAUUUUAUUAUAAUUCUAUUGGAAUGAAUCUUCGAUUAAAUAACAAUAAUGAACAAAGAAUUGAACAAAAUAAUAUAUUUUCAAAUAAUGAAAUGGUUCAAAACAAUAAUGGGGAUACAACAGCAAUGGAAGAUUCUCGGUUUCGUCGUAAUCGAUUACAUUUACCCAUUAGACACAAAAGAUAUCAAAAUAAUGAUCAAGGAAUUGUUCGUUUAGAAGCUAUGAAGGGAGUUGUUCAAGGAUGUUCUCAGUUAGCAACAUGUGACAAAUUGGGUCCUCGAUUCUGUCCUAUUGGUCAAGUUUGUAUGGAUACCUGGAAAGGAGCAUUCUGUGUUUGUUCUGAAGGCAAUCAUGCUACUUUGGAUGCAAAUGGUCGUUUAUCUCGUUGUAAUCAACAUGAAGCUGUGGCAAGUCUCGGAAUAAGUAAUCCUGCAAUGCUUUUAAUUCUUUGUUCUUUAGCUACACUUAUUUUAAUUCUUCUUUUAAUGGUUGUUUAUACAAGAAGACAAAGACCAAUUUUUGAAUCUGUAAGACCUGAAGAAAUGAAACCAGACAGUUUACGGCCGUAUGAUGUUGAAGGUGGUGGAGAAGCUGACAAUACCAGACAUAAUCUUUCAAAUCUUCGAAAACCAGUUAUGCCAUUAGAUAGCAAUGGAGGGAUUGGUGGUGGAGGAACAAAUAAUGGAGCUAAAAUAUAUCCUAAUGGAGGACGCUCACCUAUUGAUGAUGGAUUAAAUGCACAUGUAAAUGAUCUAGAGACGGAUCCAAAUAUUGGACCUUAUGAUGAAUUAAGAAUGUAUAAUGUUGAAGGUGAUACUCAAUCAACGCUUUCGUUGGAAUCGCUUGAUUCGGCUCGCAUUCCAAAUACAAAUAAUAGAACAUCACAAAUGACAGCUGAUCAAAACGAAGGGCCACCGGCUCGCUGGCCUUCAAAUGAAUCAGCUGGAACUGAAACAUCAUUUGUUCGUUAA